UGGGAGUUAACCCGUUCGAAGAUCGGAACCGCGUAACGGGAGGUUGCCGUCUUUGCCCACACCGCGCCUUGUAGACCUCGUGAACUUACACGCUGGUCUCUCGCUACAACACGGUCCGUUUCCCCAUCAGCAUCCCCGUGAUUCCGUAGUUCCGUGUCGUGCUAGGGUCCGCGAGUGCCGCUGGUGGUUCGCGAAUAUUAUGUAAACAUUUCCCUAAUCACCGUUCCCAGUUCUGUGUGUGGGUGCGUGCGUGCGUGUACGUUUGUGCAACAAUCGCUUCGAGAUAUCCCGACGGCGCAUUCCUGUUCUGUGUGAUAAUCCGGUUGGUGCAUCUUGGGGCGCCCGCUUAUCGUCUUCUCGCCCAUUCCCGCUAGCCGUCUUCGCCUAGCUCCAGCGUGCCCUCCUCCCCCAGAUCAAAUCUAACGGGAUUGCUGGGCUUCAAGAGCAGUGAGGUUGAGAUUCCAGCAUCAUUAAACGAGCAGCAACCGUCCGUAGCACGCAAGAAUUCCCCAGUGUGCUGGUCCGAGUUCGUGCCACUGCCAAGAGAAGCUUGCAUGAUCAGUAGCAGCAGCAGCAGGAGGAGCAGAAGCCGAACAGCAUUAACGUGACGACGACGACUUUCACCUCCCGGCAGCCGCGGAACGGCGCGAAUUGAGUGAAGUGCACGGCGAGACCCUUCCCCUCCACCACGUUUACUGCGGCCACAUGUGCGGUGACCUAAGAUCGCACCGAUUCGUGACCAUUACACAACCCUUUUCCGCGAGCACGGCACGGUGACGAACGAGGUGUGCACUGGCACUGGGACCAGCUACCUUUCGGCAUAAGUUUUUGUCAAAGGUUCGAACAGAGUGAAAGCCGUGACGAUCUGUGAUCCCAAACAGUGGAGCUAGACGACCUCGUGGUGUUCGUGAAACAAACUGCCUCUGCUGCACAUUGCCAUGAUGAGUACUACCGAGGAGGAUCGCGCCAAGAAAACGAUCCGCGUUGGAUCGCGUAAGAGUGAGCUGGCCCUCACUCAAACCAAGCACGUCAUUGCCCGGCUCCAGAAGCUCAAUCCGGAUGUGGUGUACGAGAUACAUACUAUGACCACGGUCGGUGACCGGGUGCUGAACAAAUCACUGCCAAAGAUCGGCGAAAAGUCGCUCUUUACCAAGGACCUCGAGGAUGCGCUCCGUACCGGUGGGGUCGAUUUCGUGGUCCACUCGCUCAAGGAUCUACCGACAUCGCUGCCCGUUGGUAUGGCGAUCGGGGCCGUGCUCGAGCGGGAAGAUCCUCGAGAUGCGCUCGUCUUGAACGAGCGUCACCGGGGUAGCACGUUGGCGACUCUUCCGCGAGGCUCCCUCAUCGGGACGUCCUCCCUACGCCGUUCAGCACAACUGGCCCGCUACUAUCGUCACCUGAGCGUGUGUGACAUCCGGGGUAAUCUCAAUACGCGCCUCGCCAAGCUCGAUGCCGAUGCGUCCAAGUUCGCUGGCAUCAUCCUGGCGCAGGCUGGACUCGUGCGGAUGGGCUGGAACGAGCGGAUCGAUCAGGUGAUCGAGCCCAGCGAGAUCCUGUACGCCGUUGGCCAGGGUGCACUGGCGGUCGAGUGUCGCUCGAACGAUGAGUACAUCCUGGGUAUGCUGGCCAAACUGUGCCAUCUGGAGACGCAGUGCCGCAUUCUGACCGAGCGUAGCUUCCUUCGAACGCUCGGUGGUGGCUGCAGUGCACCAGUGGCCGUUCGUACGGAAUUGAAGCGACAGGCCGAGAGCGAUGGUGACAUCAGCAACAACAACAGCAACAAUGGCCAACGGAAGCGCUCCUCGGUCGAGGCCGAACAAGGCACAUUCCAGCUGCAAGUGGAGGGUGCCGUCUGGAGUCUCGAUGGUAAAACGGAGAUCCGAACGAGCGGCGAGUGCACGCUCGAUCUAGGUCUGGCAGACCGGAAGUGUGUCAUCGAGGUUACGCCACCGGCAAAGAAAAAGGCAAAGGUGAACGAGGAUAACGGUGCCGAUGGGCAUCAUGCGAAAGAUGGAAAUGGGGACUCGGCAAACGCGGACAGCAGCAAGCCAGCCCUUACCGGGUGCCCCAUCGAUCACGAGCAGUUGCAGGGCAAGCGCAAGAGUCCGGAAAUCAUACGCGACACUGACCUGCUGCUGCCGGGGUGUUCGAAAGAUGGUUCGCGGUUAAAUUUGAGCAAAUUCAUCGACAUUCACGGUGAGCUUUUCAAGAAGUGCCCAUACUCCUCGGAGCUCACCAAGAUCGUUACGGAAGCCCGGAAGACGUCCUCAGCGGAUGGGAAUGGUGUGGAGGACGAGGUGCAGCACGACAACACCAUUAUCGAGACGAACACCAAGAAGGACGAAGGAGAACUGUGCCCCAGCACACACUUUCCGGUCGGACAGGAAGUGAUGGGUGAUUGUCCGUUCGUGAGCACCGAGGAAAAGGUGGAUCUACUGUUGGCCGGUGCUAUGGCCGGUUGUCCGAUGGCCGCGAAGACGAAACCAACGAAGGAUACUGAAACGAGACAAUCGGAUUUGAAGCAAACCGGCGACGGCAAUGGAGAUCGCGAGCACGAUGGAACCACCGAGGGAAACAAGUCGCUUCUCCCGCCAACCGACAAGUGUCCCUUCCUUGCCGCCAAGGUGCUGGAUUACAAUGAAAAUCUCGACUGCCGACAGCUCGGUCCGGAGCCGAAGCUGGAGGACAACAGCGAGCAGCUGUUCUGUGGCAUGCACCGGCAUGCCUUCAUCGAGCGAACCGUUUUCGAACGGUGCGAAAAGCUUGGCUACGAUCUGGCCCACGACCUCAUCGCCAAAGGGGCGCUGGCCGUGAUGAAGUGUGCCCAGAAUGAGAUACACUCGAAGGUGGGCACGUCCUAGAGGUGCCGUUUUCAUGGUGCUCCUGCCGCGGUGUGUUGGGAGUAGUACGAGGGAGGAAGUUGGCUAACGGUGCUUAUACGUUUCUACUUUCCUUUACACAUUUGUUUUGUUAUACCGAGGUCAACGGAUAGGCUCGAAGUUUUGCAAUAAAUCAAUGUUAGAAAA